CCAGCCUCCGUUGUCGGUAGCCCUAAGAUUCCGGUGGAGAUGGAGGUGAACCCACCAAAACAGGAACAUUUACUGGCGCUAAAAGUGAUGAGGUUGACUAAACCUACUUUAUUCACCAAUAUUCCAGUAACAUGUGAAGAAAGAGACUUACCAGGAGAUCUCUUUAAUCAGCUCAUGAAAGAUGAUCCUUCCACUGUAAAUGGUGCAGAAACUUUGAUGCUUGGAGAAAUGCUGACCUUGCCUCAGAACUUUGGAAACAUAUUUUUGGGAGAAACCUUUUCCAGUUAUAUCAGUGUUCAUAAUGAUAGCAACCAGAUUGUAAAGGACAUAUUGGUAAAGGCUGAUCUUCAGACAAGUUCUCAACGGUUAAAUCUUUCCGCUUCCAAUGCUACAGUUGCAGAACUUAAAUCUGAUUGUUGUAUUGAUGAUGUCAUCCACCAUGAAGUGAAAGAAAUUGGAACACAUAUCUUGGUGUGUGCAGUCAGCUAUACUACUCAGAGUGGAGAAAAGAUGUACUUUAGGAAAUUCUUCAAAUUUCAGGUUCUUAAACCUUUAGAUGUGAAAACCAAGUUUUAUAAUGCAGAGAGUGACCUCAGUUCUGUGACAGAUGAAGUAUUUCUUGAAGCCCAAAUUCAAAAUAUUACAACCUCACCUAUGUUUAUGGAGAAGGUUUCAUUGGAACCAUCUAUGAUGUACAAUGUAGUAGAACUAAAUACUGUGAAACAAGUUGGUGAAGGUGUGUCCACUUUUGGCUCACGGACAUAUUUGCAACCAAUGGAUACCCGGCAGUAUUUAUACUGUCUGAAGCCCAAGCCUGAAUUUGCAGAAAAAGCUGGAAUUAUUAAAGGAGUAACAGUAAUUGGAAAAUUAGAUAUAGUGUGGAAAACAAACUUGGGUGAGAGAGGAAGACUGCAGACCAGCCAACUGCAAAGAAUGGCCCCAGGUUACGGUGAUGUUAGGUUGUCUUUGGAAGCAAUCCCAGAUACUGUAAAUCUUGAAGAACCUUUUCAUAUUACUUGUAAAAUAACAAACUGCAGCAGUGAAAGGACCAUGGACCUGGUUUUGGAAAUGUGCAAUACAAAUUCUAUCCACUGGUGUGGAGUUUCAGGAAGGCAGCUUGGAAAACUGAACCCCAGUUCAUCUCUUUAUCUUGCCCUCACGCUGCUUUCUUCUGUACAGGGACUGCAAAGUGUCUCUGGCUUACGAUUAACAGACACAUUCUUGAAGAGAACAUAUGAAUAUGAUGAUAUUGCCCAAGUCUGUGUGGUGUCAUCAACCAUUCAAGUAGAAGGCUAAAGAUUAAGUCUUUUGUCUUUUUGAUUUAUAUGGCAUUUCUUUAUACAACCUUUUUCUAUUCUUUUUGUUUAUAAUCUGGAUGUUAAAAAUGUUUUAACCAUCAGGUUGUAUUAGGAAUGUAAGCACAUCACAAGCAAUUUUAUUAUUAUUUAAAUUUCUUCCUUGAGAUAGUUUUAAGAUUUUGGAUAUUCUAAACAUUCUAUGUUAUAUUUUAAAGGGAGCUCUCUCCUGACUUUAUCUUCUUCAAGACAAUAAAUUAUAAUUCUAUACAUCUAUAUUUUCUGCAGUAUUACCUCAUUUGAACUCAGUGUGGGUAGUCACCAAAGUCCCUUCCUUCAUUUGUCAGGUUAGCACUUGAAAAUGAUGGGGCCUCACUAAUAAUGCAGCUGUCAUUCUACAUUCAACUCUAGUGGCAAUCUAGGUAAUAGAAUGCUUUUACUUAGAAGGUUUGUGGAAUUCUAUCUAUCCUAGCUUGUAUAAAGAAUGCAUAGUUGUUCUAUUUAGCCUUCUUCUCCCUCUCUCCAUCCCCACUCUCACCCUCAGCUUUUCAGAGUAAACAAUUCUGAAGGACAAUGUUAAGAAUAACUGAGGCCAGUCUCCCUCAUUUAAUCUGUGAUAUUUACUACCUACAUGUACAAGUGCUUGUCCAGUAGGCUUAGAAAUUACUGGGAAUGUCAAAGUGCAUCAUGUUUAAAACACAUGAAGCUUUCCUUUUUUCUCCUGAUAUUAACAGUUUUAUAUUUGCCAUAACAGCAUGGUCAGAAUUGGUCAAGUUCCCACAGUUAUUCCUCCCACAAUUGGACCAUGUUAUAACUAUGUGAUAACUCAGUCAUCUUAUUACUAAAUAAGGAAUCUAAUGGAAUUUUCCUGCCUCUCAAAGCCAGGAAAUGAUUUGCUGCAACCUAAAAUCUACCCCACUUGCUGUGAUUAUUUUCAAUGUUCGGACGUUGGUAUCUCUUGUGUUUGAAGUUUAAGUGCUUCUUGUAUUUAUUUUCUCGAUAAAUUGCCCCUUCGUUACAUUUUAUCCAAAUUUGCUUAUCACUAUCACGCAGCCAAAGAAAAUGCUGAAUAUACAGUGAUAUGAAGCUUUUUGUGAAAUAAUAAUAAAGUCAUUUGAAUUGUGUCAGCAUAAUAAAAGCUCAUAAACCAUUAUGUAAAAAGUAAUACUAAUUUGGCAAGCUGAAAUAAUUAAAAACUUAGACUAUACAUGCAAUUUUAGUGUGACUUAAAUAAUUUAAAAACAUCCAUUUAUUUUAAAUGCAUUAGUAUUUAUUAAUUACCAUGACAAACUGUCGUUGACCUAAAAUGAAAGUGACUUCAGAACAUGGUUAGCUACUUUAUUUGGAAUAAACUGUAUGAAACGUCCUCGGUGUAAAAUAAAGUGCAAUUAGUUAAAUUAUAAAA